UUGGGGAAAGAGAAUGAGAGGGAAGGAGGGGUGAAGACUCAACUUCUGUCAACAGAAGGAAACGCUGCCUUUUUACGUCAGUAACAAAACUCUCGACAUGUUUUCGGCGUCUUCACUCUGGUCAGCUGAUCGACUCUGGACUUUAUCUGUGAUUAACAAUAUCUAAUGGGAUUAAAGAGGUUCAAGUUACCGGUGCGUACAAGCGAACUGUCGCAGUCCGUUAUAUUAAAUUGGAUCAGACAUUUAAGAGAACGCCUAAACUAACUUUUUGACGGAUGGGGCGUAAUUUUAUAAAACGUCCGACGUUUUGAGAUCCGCGCACCCAGCUGAAGAAAAACGAAGGGAGUAUAGAAAUACAUAGGAUAAUAUUUUAACUAGCUACUUGAUAUUUGUGGAGUUGUUUUUAGAGAUGUGCUAUUCUUACAUAUCCGUUUGCCACGUUUGAAGACGCAAACGAAUCGAAACCGUCAGUUUCCUUUAAACAAGGCCAACUCAUAUAUUAUCCUUUACAUGUGUGGGUUUUCCCUCAAACUCGACCAUGAGUCAGUUUGACUGACUUAUGCUGUUGAAGUUAAGCAGAAAGAUAAAUCCACCCAUUACAGAAUGCUGGAGUGAGGGUACUUAAGAUGGCAUCGGCGAUUUUUGAGGGCACAUCCCUGGUGAACAUGUUCGUGAAGGAUUGUUGGGUUAACGGGAUCCGCAGGCUCAUCAUUAGAGGAGAGGAAGAGGAGUUCUUUGAAAUAAGGACUGAAUGGUCGGACAGAAAUAUACUCUACCUGCACAGAAGCUCCUCAGAUUUGGGAAGACUUUUAAAAAGACUCCUGGAGUGUUUCCCCGAAGACAGGCGAGAUUUAUUAAAGUCCCCCCUGAUAGAAGGGCUUGUCAAGAUUAAAGAAGCAAGAGACAUUGAGACAAAGCUAAAUGAAGUGGAGCGACUGUUGAAGAAUACCAUUAACAUGCCCUGGAAGUUUUCUAGGUCAGAAGUUGUCUUAACAUUCUUUGAACGCUCACAGCUUGACCAGGUCCUGAGGAACGACAGUGUCCACAAAAUUCAGCCAUGCUUUCAAAGUCCAGUUAAGAUUUCAGUUUCACCUGCUUUGGUGCAAAUGAAAGUGACAACAGGUGCACUGGAGAGGCAACAGCAAAACAACCCCCCAAAAGGAAAUGGUUUUGCAGAGAUCAUGAGGUCUAAUGGGUUUUGCCUGGCAAACACAGAGACCAUUGUGUUUGAUGAGAGCAUUCCACUGGACAAAGAGAGACCCUCCUCCACUGACUCAGCCCAGCACUCGUAUGAUGAGGAUGGGAGAGAAUCUUUGGAUCCUGUAGAUCAAGACCUGAGUGACGAUGAUCCUGAAGCUUAUGUCACUAACCUGUCCUACUACCACCUGGUUCCCUUUGAAACUGACAUCUUGGAGUAACGCAAACAAUUCUGCAUGGGUGGACAUUUACGGGGAGCACUGAAUCCCACCUAAACAGUGCAGAUCCAGCAUGUAAUUUCUGCCAAGUGAUAGAUGUGCCAGCGCUUAUAUUUUCUGAUUAGUAGUGUUUAUGACGGCAGGAAGAGUUUGAAUGCAGAGAUCACUGCUUGCUUCCUGCUUUGACUUUGUCCAUCAGAUUGGUAUAUUCACCCACGUGCCUCAUUAUUCAACCUAGACUCAUGCUGUAGCUGUACUACUAGAAACUAACAUAAGGAAGAAAUAAGCUGCUAUUCCUGGUGUACAGAUUGAUGGUGGCCUGAAAGAUUUGUUUCAUUUUCUUUGGUUUGUAAUGUCCAGGCUGUACUGUUUUUGAGGUUGUGAUUCAUUUUUUUCAAGGCCCAAUGCCCAGAAAACCUGCCUGAAAAAUGUAUUCUUCAGAAAGAGUCUACAUUAGAAACAAUCCUUUGGCAUUAGUGGAUGAUCUGCAGAUGCUCCUGGAGAAGAAGAUCCACAUAAGGAUUUAUCAAGAUAGAAUAUUAUCUUGAUAUAUAUGCUAUUGUAACUUAAAAUUCUGAUUCAAAUAGCCAAAAACUGAAAAAAAGGGUAUAUGUAAAAUUGCAAACUCAUUUUAUUAACUAAAACCUUUGAUUUUGUUAUGAAAUCACUGCUUUAUUAAUCUUAGUGUUAAGGGCAUUGGGGUUAGCAAAAUUAAGCUUGCAGAUGUAUAGAGGUGUCUUUCUUGUCAGAUAAUUUAAAUCGCUCUCAGAAGAUAAUUUUAUUAGCUUGUGGCCUCUUUUCUACUGAAUGACUGUGGACAGUAGCUGAACUUUGUUCUUUUCUCUUGAAUACAAAGGGCUUGCACACUCACUUGGCACAUGGUGCCUAGUUCACACAUACACACACACACACACACACACACACACCCCUACUUUGUAAAAGAAUCAUGUUUCCCCUCUACCCAUGAGAAAGUUCUGCUCUUUUUUUAGUUUACAAAUGUUGUAGCUUUAAUAAUCACUCCCACUUUUAAAGCAUACAUAUAGGAAGAAUAAAAUGAUCUGAACUGUGGGAGACUGGGUCAAGUAACUGUAUUAGAGAGCAUAUUUACAUAUUUUUGCAACAUGCAAGUGAUCUGAUGCUUAGUUAAAUGUUUUUUUCUUCAAGAUGCACAUAAUAUAUUUUAACAUAUCCUCUGACAUGUCAUAUCCAUCAUGCCUAGCCAUGAAAUACUCCCUGUCUCACAUCUAAACCUGGAUGCAUGUGAGCAAAGAUAUCACUAAUGUCUUGUUGGACACAAACAAAGUGCAAGAAGGAUAGACUGUGCUUAAAGUAAUUAAAGUACAUGGACAUGACCAAAUGCAGAGCACAUUGCAUAUUAGGUAUGAUACAUAUCAGAGAAAAGAUCCAAAAGAGGUUAUUUUUGAUCAUUGGAAUUUUGAGGUAAUGAUUAUUUUUAUAAGCAUUGAAAAUAACAUUGUCUGUUCUGUUAUGAUGUACAUACUUUUAUAUGCAGCAUUACGUUAAUUAUUUUUGACUGCUGGGCACCACAUCAUGUAUUGCUAAUUAUAGUCAUUUGUACAGUAUAUUUGAAAUUAAUUGCAUAGCUUGUAAAUAAUUUA